CAAUUGAGACAGAUGCCCGUUCAAGGACUACCCCCGAUUUCUCUUCUGUUGUUCAUCUGCUUAUUAAGGGAAAGCGCCUGCAUUUGUGAUGGCACCGCCUGGGCCAAGGUGGGAUGGGAGAUUUUCCCGGAAGAGAUGCCUUAUCUGAAAGUUAAGCUUUCUCCAUCUCAAUGUCUACCUUACCCUUUGGACAAACUGUGCUGCAAUUUUGCUAAUAAGGAUCUAUUGCAGAGUUUUUUAUAUCUCGUGUAUAUUCUAGUACAGGCUAUCUUUUUCAUUCUGGUUGUUUUGUCUACAUGUUACCUGUGGAUGAAAUGGAAGAAACACAAGAGAAAGCUGGAAAGACACGCCUCCCUAGACACGGUCGGGAACGAGCCAGAAGGCCGGCCCUUCAGUGACAUAGACCAGCUGCUCUACAAACUGCUGGCCACCACGUCCAUGAUGACCGCGUACCUGGACCAGAAGUCCCGUCGGUCCACGGGCAGGAAAUCCCAGCCAGGGAAACUGAAGAGGAAGAGCAGGGGAGGAGCCCGAAGACACCAUCAGCCUGGGCCUCCCCCCAACGUGGAGACCACCCAGGAGGCCUGCUGA